AUGCCUCCUCGUCCUGCUCACAUUCGACCAAGCAGCUCAAUACAUUUACCUAGAUACACGAUACCCUUCCUGCUCAACGCAGACCCCUCUGGUCUACACAGCGAGCAGACGAUGGAAUUGAGAGGAGGGCUCAUUGAACGCUCGGGGGAAAUCAACUCACUCGAUUCCGAUUGCAGCGAGGCAGUCAUUAGCCUUGGUCUGCCUCCAGUCGAGGCCCUUGCUCUGCUUUCGGGUCACAAUCGGUCGUUGGACUAUGCUUGCCAUAGCCCUUUUGAAGUGCUUGGGUCGUUUGACGUCAAGCAUCGUCUUCGCGUAAGGAAGAAGAAAUCGAGGCCGAUCAACUGGAAAUGUAUCAGACUCGAUGCCAGCGACGCCUUCCAAUUCUCAGCUCGACCGAUAAGGAGUAGGAUUGCGGAUAAGUCGAAUUUCAACGCUGAAACUCUUCCACCUGGCUCACCGAGGAUGGCUGCGGAGGCUCGAGUCUAUCGGUCUUCACCUCUGUCCAAGAGGCUCUGGCGUUGCUAG